UACUAGCAGCUGCAGCGGUUCAUUCAAAUUGACUGGUACGGCCAAAACAGUGAGCGAAGCAAGAUUCUGAGACAUCAAAAACAACAAUGAAUCGUCAUUCGCACAUACCUCAACCUAACUUUCAGACGAAACGAAAAGCACGGCCUCCACUGAAUGUGACAGAAAAACAACCAACUCUGAGUUAUUCCAAGCUGAAAGUUGAGGUGGCUUCACUCCAAGAAGAGAAUAGAGAGUUAAAACAGAAAGUGGCCAAACAACAAGCUGCAUCUUCUUCAACUAAGACAGCCAUUUCAGAACUGCAGAAGGAAAACAGAGAAUUGAAACAGAGAUUGGAGGAUGAAGAAAGGCAACAUAGAGAUACUGUGAGCCAAUGUCAACAGGAAAGUUUAGGUCUGGAAACUAAACUGAGGAAUGUUGAAGAGGUUUUAGAGAAAUCAGGCAUCAAUCCAGUUACCCUGGCUGCCUUGGAGAAAGAUCAAGGGCGGAGGAGACAGGUGUUUAGUGAGGCAGCGGCUCAAGCACAGAUUCUUCGAGAAAAACUUGAUGAGAACAUGGAUGUAUGGCACAAUAAUGCUCAAGAUAUGAAGAAUAUGUCCGCUCAGUGUCUAGCUCUGAUGGAGAGUGAAAGAAGCAAUCUUCAGGAACAAUGAACAGAUGCCAAUUACAAUAUGUAAAUAUCAAGAAUAUCUGUAAGUCGAUGACAGAGUACAACAUGUUAUGAUCAGUUGUUAAUAUCAAUUUUUUUUAUGUUUUACCCUAUGGCAUUGCAGGAUUUAUUAAAAUGAUAUCCCAACCUUCAAAAUAUCAAACUCAACAUUAAGCUCUCAUGCACAAAUACAAUGUAACAGCAUCAUUGAACCUGUAUAAUAUAACAAAGAGAACCCCUCCCUAUAGAAAGUCAGAGUCAUUGAGCCAUUUCAACAACUUUUUUAUGAACAAUAGAGUUCACUAUUCUUAAUUAAUUCAAAAUACUCAACAUUCUAACUCAUAUAUCAUGAACUGUAAGUUUACAAAUUAUUUUGGUAUCCACCAAAACUUUAUUUUUUAACUGAACUGCUUUUGUGUUGUUGAUGGUACAUUUCUCUUCACAAUACAGUCAUUGAAAUCAACUUUUUAAUGCCAAGUUCCGUUGUGAAUGAAUUCAUUAUAUUACUUCCAGUUAUGAUCUACUUCCCAUGAGUGGUGAUAAAUGCUUUUUUUUCUAUGCUAAGUAAUAUCACAUCCUUGGUGUGAAACGAAGCUGUAUAAAUAUUGUGUAAUUACCAUUUAGAUGAAGGCUAGAUUAAGCUUUCAUAAAAUUUGGGUUUCAUUUCUUAUUUACAUUGCAAAAGUUGUAGAGAUAAUAUUCACAUUGUGAGAACAAUGA